AUGAGCGCCGCCCCCACCCAUCUCGCCCAGCCCUUGUGGCAGCGCCAGUUCAACCCGUUUGACCCCCUGGAUCCGCUCCCCGGCGACCCGACAGAGGACCCCACCACCACCGACGACACGACCACGUCGACGACGCGGACCACGUCCUCUUCCACGCGCACGACCUCCUCGAGCACCCGCACCACGUCCAGCAGCUCCACCUCCUCGACCUCGACCAGCUCCAGCUCGACGUCGACGUCGACAUCGUCAUCGUCCUCAUCAACGACGACAUCCAGCACCUCGAGCACCAUCACCUCGACCACGACCUCGUCGACGCCCACCAUCCUUACCUCGACGUCUCCCACCGUCAGCGGCACGAGCACCGUCAACGUCGUCGUCAUCGAGACCACCUACGCGCCCGCCACCACCACAGUCACGCGCCCGACCGCCGUCGCCAGCAGCAGCGGCGGCAGCGACAACGGCGCCCUCAUUGGCGGUGUCGUUGGCGGCGUCGUGGGAGGCCUCGCGCUGCUGGCCCUGGUCAUCGCCAUCUGUAUCACGGCAUCCCGGCGAAGGUCGAGGACCGGCCACGCCUACUUCCUCUGCUUCGGCACGCGCCCGUCCAAGGCCGAAAAGGGCGACCUCGGCCACGGCGGCGGCGCCUGGCCCACGUUCGACCCCAACGACGACCACCACGGCGCCAGCUACGGCGCCGCUGCCGCCGCGGGUGGAGGAGCCGCUGCCGCUGCCUCGUCACGACGUCGCCGCCGUCAGCCCCAGGCCCAGGCCACGCUGCCCCCCGGCUUCGACGGCGAGGACCCCGAGGCCUUCGGCCAGCCAGACUCCAGCGCCGGUCACGACGCCUACGGAGGCUACAGCCAGAACCACAGCUACGGCCAGCACCCCGACGUCACCUACAACAAUGCCGGCUACAGCCAGGGCCACUCGGGCGGUGGUCACCACGACAUGGCCGAGGUCGUGGGCGCCGGUGCCCUUGCCGCGGGCGCAGCGGCCGGCGGAGCCUACUACGGCAGCACCGCCAGCCGACGCCGCUCCUCCAACGGGCAGCCCUACGGCUCCAACGACGCGCUCAGCUCUGGUCAUCUCUCGUCCGGCGCCAACCACUCGAACCUCGAGCCGGCCCAGCCGCCGGCGCCCUGGACGAUGCCGAUGCUCGGAGGCUGGGCGGGCGACCAGGGACCCUACUCGGCGGCCGGCGUCGGACGCGGCCCGCAGGCGUUCCACAUGAUGGGCCCCGGCGAAGGCGGCCAGCCACGGCAGCGAGCCGGCGGCCCCGACCUACAGCACUUCGUACCCGCCCGGACGACGCACCCUUCGGCGCUGACGCCUGCGGCCACGAACACGACGACCUCGCCGCGCCGCUCGAACCGCCGGCUGUCGUCCAACCAGGGCAGCCCGUCCAACGAGCAGGGCCUUGUCGCAUCGCCGCCGGCCUAUGUCGAUGCCGGCGAGGACCUCGAGGAGGUCGGCGAGGAGCGCCCGCGGCGUCUGCGCCUCGCCAACGCCGAGCCCGACAACACCGAUGGCGAGAGCUCAACCGGCGGACCGACGCGUCCGAGCCACAAUCACAAGGAUCGCCCGCCGGCGGCCACCUACCGGGCCGACUAG